GGACAAGUUGUACACUAUUGGGAUGGGGAGCUUUUUUUCGAUAACUGUAAAAAUUUGAUGCACUUUUUGUACUUUUUGAUGCAUCUUCUAACUGCACCUUGCUGUAAAACUUAAAUCCGAAAAAUGGUCCUCUCGCCGAUCCGCGAGGCCUCCAGCGGCUCCCGGGGGGGCCAGCACCACAUGGCCCGGCCGCAAACGAACACAAGCAACCGGGUUCUGAACGAGCAGGGGGCGCGAAACCGGUCCAGGUCGCCCAUUUCGGUCGAGGAAAACUUCCCGCGACCGCAGUCGCCGUUGGACAUGAUGGGGAUCGGGCUAAUCCACCACCCGGACAAAGCCGUGGAACAGGUGGAGCACCCGCCGACGCACAAAUUGUCCGAUCACGUGAUGCAGAACAUGCGUGUCAAGGAGAUCACGAACGCGCUCCACGAGGUCGAGUCCGUCGGUUCCUCCGUUAACGUUUUCCAAAUCGACGGCGGAAAGAUGUUCCCGGACGAUGAGCCCAACCGCACCGGGCGGCCGAAGCGCAGCGACCUGGAGCUGGCGGCGAUGCGGCGGCGGGGGCUGGGUACGGCCGGG